GCGCGGAGAACUCUGCAAAACAAGAGGCUGAGGAUUGCGUUAGCGAGAAACCAGUUCACGCCGGAGCCCUUGGAAGGAAGCGUCUCUGCCGGACCGGCCGCUUGGCGGGACUCUGAGGAAAAGCUGCCACCAGGUGGACGCCGCUCGGUGACCAUGGGUAAAGGAGACCCCAACAAGCCGAGGGGCAAGAUGUCCUCGUACGCCUUCUUCGUGCAGACCUGCCGGGAGGAGCACAAGAAGAAGCACCCGGACUCCUCCGUCAACUUCGCCGAGUUCUCCAAGAAGUGCUCGGAGCGGUGGAAGACCAUGUCUGCCAAGGAAAAGUCAAAGUUUGAAGACAUGGCAAAAAGUGACAAAGCUCGUUAUGACAGGGAGAUGAAAAAUUAUGUUCCUCCCAAAGGUGACAAGAAAGGAAAGAAGAAAGAUCCCAAUGCUCCUAAAAGACCUCCAUCUGCCUUCUUCCUGUUUUGCUCUGAACAUCGCCCAAAGAUCAAAAGUGAACACCCCGGCUUAUCCAUUGGGGAUACUGCAAAAAAAUUGGGUGAAAUGUGGUCUGAACAGUCAGCCAAAGAUAAACAACCGUAUGAACAGAAAGCAGCUAAGCUAAAGGAGAAAUACGAAAAGGAUAUUGCUGCAUACCGUGCCAAGGGCAAAAGUGAAGCCGGAAAGAAGGGCCCUGGCAGGCCAACAGGCUCAAAGAAGAAGAAUGAACCAGAAGAUGAGGAGGAAGAGGAAGAGGAGGAAGAAGAUGAAGAUGAGGAGGAAGAGGAAGAGGAUGAAGAAUAAAUGGCUAUCUUGUAAUGUGUGUGGAGUGUGCGUGUGUGCUCAGGCAAUUAUUUUUGCUAAGAAUGUGAAUUCAAGUGCAGCUCAAUAUUUAGCUUCAGUAUAAAAACUGUACAGAUUUUUGUAUAGCUGAUAAGAUUCUUUGUAGAGAAAAUACUUUUUUUAAAGUUCAGGUUGUAGCUUUUUGAGGGGCUACUACAUACAGUUAGAUUUUAAAGCUUCUGAUGUUGAAUGUUUCUGAAUAUUUAAUGGUUUGUUUAAUUUCUUGACUUGUGUAUGGUAGCACAGCAAACUCGUAGGAAUUAGUAUCAAUAGUAAAUUUUCAGUUUUUUAGAAUGUUGCAUUUUGUUUUUUAAAAAAAUUUUUGUAAUAAAAUUAUGUAUAUUA